GAACAGCUUUGACUCUGCAGUGGUCAUUGAGAACGACUCUGCAGAGCUUCACUUCCCAGCAGACAACGAAUCCUCCCUCAGUGAGGACAGCCUGGAGCAAGAGCUUGAUAGUCCUCCAAGUUCACCAUCUGAUGAAAACAAUGAACUUCCAGUGAGCCAGCAGCUCAUAACAGAUGACAUCUGUGACUCUGCCCUGGAUGAAAACUGGAACCCUUUACCGGAUCAGGUCUCACAAGAGGACUCUGCUGUGAAGUCUACAGCAGAUGAUGGGACCUGCUUGGACAAUAAUGACAUCAGCUGCCGCUACAAACUCGGAAAGCAGCUUGGUGAAGGAGGUUUCGGCUCCGUGUAUGAGGGGAUUCGCAUACAGGAUGGUCUGCAGGUAUUCAUUUUUGUAGACUCAAAUCCUCUGAUGAAGUUCCCUGUUUAAAGAACAUCAUCAGAGCUUUCAUUGUUUGGACAUUUCUGCUGACGAAUGAAUCCUCUGUUCAGGAUUUAUGACUGAAUGAAAUGAUCUCCGUGCACAUGUUAAUUGUUCGCUUGUUCCUUUAAACAGGUGGCAGUUAAAUUUGUUCAGAAGACCCCAAAUAUGCAAGAUGUCAGCUCUGUGAGUAGACUACACUUUCUGUUCGCUGUGUUCAGUUUAUAAAGUCUUAUAUUUAUUAUAGACCACAGGCUGUGGUCAGAAACCCUUGUUUGAAAACCAACAUUAUUAUUUUGUUUUCAGUCAUGUGACCAGCCACUUCCUCUAGAGAUCACCUUGGCAAACAUGGCCAGCGGUGGCUCCAGGUGUGCGAACAUUAUUCAGCUUCUGGACUGGCAGGUCUUUAAAAACCAUUACGUCAUGGUGAUGGAGCGGCCUAGUCCAAGCAUGGACCUGGAGGCAUUCCUUGAAGUCAGCGGUGGAGUCCUCAGUGAGAAAACAGCACAUACCAUCAUGAGGCAAGCUGUUUAUGCUGCCAACGUGUGCUGUUACCGCGGGGUGUUCCACCGGGACAUUAAGCUUCAAAACCUGCUGGUGAACCCCGACACACUGGAAGUCAAGCUGAUCGACUUCGGGUGUGGAGACUUCAUGAUGGAAUCAGCCUACAGUCUCUUCUCUGGCACAGAAGCGUACAUCCCGCCAGAGUUUUAUGAAAAAGGAUGCUACCGGGCCAAACCAGCGACGGUCUAUUCUCUUGGGGUUCUUCUGUUCACAAUGCUCCAUGGAGAAUUCCCAUCAGCGUAUGACCUGUACUACCUUCAACAUGACUGGUCCAAAUUUACCCUCUCUCAAGAAUGCUGUGAUAUGAUGAGGGCUUGUCUGCAUGAGAAUCCAGAGUGCAGAAUUCCUCUAGAAGAGAUGCCUUACCACGACUGGUCCAUGCUGGAGUUCUGAGUCACAUUAGCAGAAUGUUUUGUAUAUUUGAUUUUUGUACAUGUCUGUAAUAAAGAUAUAUUUUAUUGAACUCA